AAACUCGGUUUUGACUAGUCUGACCACCUGAUUUUAACCGAUUUAACCUGGUUUUAACUUUUCCCAUAACCGUCCAAAUGGAAUGUAUUCCAACAGUUUAGAUGACCGAUUCAGGUCGAACCCUAGUUAAUCGGUCCGGCUAAAUACGAUACUGUUAUAUUUUUUAUUUUCUUGGAUUUAAUGGAGCGUGAGGCGCACGGAAGAGAAAUGGGAAGUGGAGGAGGCAUAUCUCGGUCGUGUGAAAUAAAUGUAUGACUGUACGUUUUUAAGUGUAGAGAGCAGAAAAGGCCCAGAGAGACGUGUAGUAGUACAACGAUAAAACAGAAUUUAUGAAAAAUUGGCGGCGACUUCUAGGUUGCCGGCCACGUUACCCCUCCUCACUUCAAGCUGGCAGCCAGUGAAAAAAAGGGUUAAAAAAAAUCAUUAAAAACAAACCGCUACAACCACAACAAAUUAAUCCCCGACUGUUAAAUCUUCCAAACCGUAACAGAAAAGAAGUAAAAACGACUGGCAGCAGGAAAUGACGAGCGCGCCCUUAUGGGAAACGGCCAGCUGUUACCUGCAGAAGGGUAGAAGUGACAUUACGAGCAACGGGAGGAGAUUUGUUAGUUUGACCGACUUACUAUUACUAAUUUACUUAUUAAUUUUAUUUAUGAAAAUGGGAAAACCCCCAUUUUAACCGGACCCGGGUAUCUUGGGCCUCACGUGACUGGGGAUCACGCUCAUCGAGGGGAAAGAAACCAAAAAAAAAAAGCGCUGAGUCGGCAGGCUUUAUGAUGCUUACCCAUUGGGCCAAAACCCUUCCCGUUCAGGCCCACUUGGGACAAGGCCACGUGUCGGUAUCGCACUGCACCACGGGGAUGCGGCGGUGCGUUCUCCUUGGUGGUUAAGUGGAGUUUGGGUUUGGGUCGUUGCCCGGAAACGGGGUAUCCGGUCCGACCAGUUCGGUCUUUUAGACCCAAUUAAGUUCCCAAGUAAUUACCUUCCCCAAAGGAGAUUUUUUAUGGAGUAGGUAUCCACUAUAUUCAAAAGUUUUGAGUCAUUGAUCCGGUCUCCAAGUAUUGUAGUUUAGGUAAGUAAGGUAAUAAAACACAUUUGGUUCGAAGUCUUGGUUAGCAAGUUAAAUUCCGAGAAGAAUAAUCGUACAUUAUGUAUCGUUCACUCAGUGUAUAUUUUUUUUCGUUUAAAACGGUUGAAUAUUUUUUUUUAAUUGAUUAACAUAGAGUUUUUGUUGAUGAUCUUCUGUAUGUAGAAAUCCGUCAUGUUAAUUUUGUGGCAGGGCUUUGCAAGCAUAGUAUGAUCUAUUGAUUUUCCUAUGAUCUUAGUAGAUUUUUUAGCAAAAUAUUUCAUUGAGCAAAAGUGACAUAUCACUCUCGCGUCAACGUCAUUGAACACGACUUUUGAUUCGAGAAAGUGAUUAGCUCGGAAGAAAAAAACAGAUAUCGGAAUUGUAAUUGAACACCGGGUACAAUAUUUAUGAUUUAUCUAAUGCAACAUAAAGAUAAAACUAUCAGUCUCCCAACAAUAUAGAGUUGUUGAAGUUUUUUCGACGAUGUUCUCUGGAAGCCGGGAGGUUUUUGGAUUCCGAUUGCUAUAUGCUCAUUUGGAUGGUCCUCAAAGAGCGGGAAGAUAAUGCACAACUCAUGGUCUACGACUACGGUUAGCUAACCAUACUUUUCGUGGAUUCAUUCAGAAAUUAACUAUUAUGUUCCGAAAACUCAAAUGACAGAAGCCUAUUUUCUUCGCGGGUGAAUGACUCAACCAACUAUUGAAUCGGAAAUCCAAUUCAAAUCGGCCGUUUUCGAGUCGAUUUGAUCGUAUUGCCCAGAUUUGAGCCAUUAACCCGCUCUAUCCUUUACUCCUAUUUUGGUCCAACCGAGCAGACCGUUCUAGGAUUCAUUACCAUAGAAUCCAAUAACCUCUUUUCUUCUCAAAACCAUUUAGAAUUUCAUUCAAAAAUAUUACUAAAUAGUAGCCAUAGAAAACCAAUUAUGGGGGUACUCCAAUUUCGGCUGUUGGGAUUCCUUAUAAAUCCCCUCCUCCCACCAAAUUCAGCGCUCUCCUCUGUCAAUUCCUUUCUUCACCAUCUUCUCUUCUGCUCCCCACUUCACACUUCCUUCCUUGCUUACUUACUCUGCCCCUCCGUACGCUCCUUUCCUUUCCCUUCCCUACACUGAUUCCCCUCCCCUGUUCAGGAACCGACGAAAUCCACCGCUUCUUCUUCCUUUUUUCAGGCGAUUCUCCGGCGUGGCCGCAGAAAUCUUUCCCUCUUUUAAUCCCCCAGAAAAGCCGAUUUCUUUAUAUAUUCCCAGUAACCCCUUUAUUCACUCCUAAAACCUCGAAAGAUUUCUCCUACUGGGUUUAUCUCUCUCUCUCUCUCUCUGGCCCUUUUGAGGCAGAGUAAUUAAUCACCCAACAAGAUUUCUGAUCCAUCUCAAUCUCUCCAUCCAUCGAUUAAACCUUCUCAAUCACGACUGUUCUUCCCCCUCCUUUUUUGCCGCUUUCCUUCCCCCUUUUAACCCCUUUUCUCCGAUGCCCGGAGAGAUUCCCGAGCCCAGAAAUUGAAAACAGAGUACCAAAAAAAAAAAAAAAACAGAGUACACAGCCAUGGACGGGAGCUUUCUCUGUCCGGCGAAAUACACAGAGCACAGAAGCUCCACCAGGAAGUACACCGCAAAGCCGUCAUCUUUAAAGCGGAAGAAGACGAUUAAUGGGUAUGGGUCGCCACCCGACCCGACGACGCCGGAGCUGCUUCACCCGCCGAGGGUUGUCCGGAUAUCGGUGACCGACCCGGACGCGACCGACUCCUCCAGCGACGAGGAAGGGGAGUUCUUCGGGAGGCAGAGGGUGAAGCGAUAUGUCAGCGAGAUCAACAUCGAGCCAGGGUUUAACGAGGUGAGAGCGGCGGCGAUUUCUUCGGAGAUUGGGAAGCCGGCGAGGGAAGUGCGGCCGGCGGCGGCGGUUCAGUCAGGUGAGAGGAAGUUCAGAGGAGUAAGGAGGCGGCCGUGGGGUAAAUGGGCUGCCGAGAUUCGGGAUCCGGCGAAGAGGGUCCGGCUCUGGCUGGGAACCUACGAUACCGCGGAGGAGGCGGCGAUGGUCUAUGACAACGCCGCGAUUAAGCUCCGGGGCCCGGACGCACAGACGAAUUUCGUCAAUCCGCGGGAGAAAGAUGAAGAAGUGGAGAUCAAUAGGCCGGAGGUUAAAGUCAGCUCGACUUCAGGGUACGACUCCGGCGACGAAUCACACAACAACAACCUCGCAUCCCCCACCUCUGUUCUCCGGUUCAGAACCCAACAAUCCGCUUCAGAGUCCUCCGAGCCGGAAAAUUACAAGCCGAAUCCUUCAACGCCCGUCUCUUCGCCGUCGAUCGAGCCGGAAGAGCCGAUGUCUCUGCUUCUGGCGGAGCCGGUCGGCGAAGAAGAGGCGACGGCUGGACUCCAAUUCCUCCAGGAGUGCGAGGGCGAAAACAGCAGCAGCAAUUUGUACUCCUGCUCCGACGAGUACUUUCUCUCGCCGCAGCUCUCCUUUUUAGAAGACUGCUCUUCGUCCUCGUCGUCCUUCAUCGCCGACGAUUUCUUCAAUUUCACCGCCUGCUGCUCCUCCGCCACCGAUUCCUCGUUACCCACCGGUGAGGAUGCCUCGAUUGUCGCCAGCGGGACCGCUCUCUUAAAACAGAGCUUCUCAGGCGGUGGGUUCUGCGUCGACGACGACAUUUUCCUGCAGGAUGUUCCCAAGGACAUGAUCGUUGGAUCCGCCGCGGCUUCAGUUUUCCAGGAAAACAAUGACGACGACUACUUCCAAGACAUUGGCGACUUAUUUUUCUCGGAACCUCUUGUGGCACUCUAAGUAAAAAAAAUAAAAUAAAAAGAAGUGACCGUGUUUCCUGCCCGCCGGUUGGUUGCCGUUGAUCACCGGCAAAUUUUGUUCCACCGGCGGUGGAAGUACUGUGACUGAGUAAUGAUCGGCUAUAGCUAGAAUUUUUUUUUGUAAUUUUUUUUUCAUUUUUGAUUAAUUUGUUUAAAAGUAAAUCAAUGUGAGUGAGUCACCUCUCCGUCAAAGUUAACGGAGCGGGGACAGUGAAGUUUUGUUGAGUAUUUUUCCUUCUCUUUUUUAAUAUAAAUAAAUAAAAUGUCGUAUAUGCUGACUGCUGAGUCUAUUUAUUUACUUACUAUUAUUAGUCUCUUAAUUACUUCACUAAGUAUGGGUUAGCGAUGGUAAUUAGUAGUAACGCCAAAGAGAAAAAGGCUGCCAGGGUGGCAUUCUUUCUGCCGCACACGAGCAGGCGCGAUUAGCGGUUUGAGUUUGUGGCCGGCUGAAUGAGUCAAGUCGGUGUCGCUGCUCGUGUGUGUGAAUUCGAUACUCCCAUUAAUUUAAUUUAAUUAGUUUUUAACCAAGUAAUUAAGAAGAUUAAUUCAUCCGAAGAUACUCCAAAAUUAAGGCUUGACUGUUGACUGAAAACCGUGGAUACGAAUACUCCGCUGGUAGCCCCCGUCUGUCGUGCUGCCGCGAAAAAUUAAAAUAAAAAGCCCUGCCCAUAAAAAGAAAAGCCUAAUAAUAAUUAAUUAAAAAAUAAAUAAAAGGAGGAAAUAAAGCAAAUGGAGAAAAGGCUAAAAAGGGAGGAAUUUUCUUCUGAUUCGGUCUCUUUUUGUUGAAAAGGAAAAUAUAUGUAAUGAAUGGAGGAAUUUAUUUUUUGUUACGGUUACCUUUUAGUUGUAAGUAAUGAAUGGUGUGGAGAAUUAUUGGCCGUGGAAAGUACUUGAUUAGGGUGGAUUAAUAAUAAUAAUAAUAAUAAUAAUAACCGGUCAAGUGAUAAAUGUGUCCUACUAAAAUUAACUGCAACCCCUAAAAUUAUUUCACUGGACGUCGGUGAAUAAUUAUGUGGAGAAAGUGGGUUAAAAGCUGAAAAAGGGUAAAGAAACGGGGGGGAAAAGGUGAAGUGAGAAAACGGAGUUUAAGAAAUUGGGGUAUCGGGAGGGAGAGUGGAAGUAAUUGAGAGGACUAAAUUGUAAAAAUGAAAUGGGUGAAAGAGUGUCCUCCCGCGGCAGGCCAUCCUGCGUCGUCGUUCAAUAAUGGCGACCGACCAAAACGCACGCGGAUCGCUGCUUUUUUCAUGUCGUUUUAAUACUAGAAACUUGGGCCCGCUGGCCCGCUGGCCGCCAGCCAACUAAUUUUUUAGUGGGGUGGCCGCCGGCCGGGGCCUCAGUCUAUCUUCUUUUUUUUUUUUGUCUUCUUAAACUUUCGGUUUUAGGGUGCUAAUUGGCAUUGUGUAUCAUUCAUCAGUCAUGACUUCGAGUAUCAAUGGAUCAUCAUGCUAUAACAAAUUUGAUUGUGGUUUAUUGUAUUCGAUUGUUCGGUACGAUUUCACAUAGCGAAUAAGUAGUACCUUGUUUUUAUGCUGAACAAAUGAGAUUAAGAAAUGUUUUGGUAUUUUUUUGGUUGUGACUAGGUUUUUAGGUUUUUUAGGUUAAUAAUAAUUUGUAGUUUUAGCCACUCGGUGAAAAAUUUCGAUAGUAUCCCCACUUAUUAUCUAUUUUCUGCACCGCUCUGUUCUCUAGUCAGACCCUAGUUCCAUCCUGUCUUCUAAACUCUCUGAUAUCGACAUUGUCUAAUCUCGAGUGUCAAAGAUCAGUCCACGCGACAUACUGAUUUCCAGGCGCCUGAUUAGCCACAAGCGGCCAUCACUUUUGCACAUGGUAGAUUUACUCUCAUGAUUUCUGAAGAUCGUCGAUUAACUUACACGAUAAUACACGAUAGGUGGGAUGAAGAAUGCCAAUUACCAACAAUUUCGGGAGUUACAAAAAAAAAACCACCUAUAUUCUUCUAUUUAAAUAAUACAUAUUCUUUAUUUUGCUCUAAUCAAACCCUACUUCUGCUCUUCAGAAAACUCAUGUUUUUUUUGCUAUGCGGCGUUCUUGUAUUCAGAAAACCGUUCGGUCAAGUUGAUCAUCACUUGCACACGAGAUCGACACUCGAAAUCUUUAGAUGGUUGCCGUUAAUAUUGCACGAAGAUACACGAGAGAGUCUGAUGAAAGACGCGCGAAAUACCGACAAUAAUUUUGAGUUAUGAUGGAACUUGUAAGAGAUAAGGGGGGUAAUGGAGCUGCGGCUGGGGGACCCUAUAGGGUCACGUUGUGAUGGGGCUGGGAAUUAUCAGUGUAGUACUGAUCAGCAGGCUUUGCUUUGCUUUGCUAUUACUCAAAACAACAAACAAUGAACAUGUGGGGAUAGAGAUAAUAUUAACAUUCUGGAAAAAAAAGGGGAAUUUGUGUCGUUCUCAGACUUCAAUGGCUAAUUACGUGAUCUUCAAGGAACAAUUACAUUAUUUAGUCACUAAAUCUUUGUUCUUCUACUAUUUACGUUCCUCGAAUACCAAUUUUUGGAUUUAGUCACUUAGUCCAUAGCUUGGGGCACAAGGAGAUAUAUCAUAUACGACACUAAUAAAUUUUGUACCGUUAUUUCUUUACAUGUUGAUUGUAGUGAAGGUCAGCUCGUCAGAAGUCACGUUUGCUUAUGAUCGUCAUAUUCAACUGGCUUACCGUCCAUAAAUUACUUCUUAAUAUAAGCGAUUCGAUAUGAAUUCUCGAUUAUUAAAUUGAUAUUUAAUAAUUUUUAAAAUCAUAUAUGGUUGUGUAGACAAAAGGGCAGCAUGUCCAUAUUUUGAAAUGGUCACAGUAUAUAGUUUAAAUUUUGGACCUUUUUUGUUUUCUCAGUUUACUAUUAAGAUCUAUGGGAUGAUCUCAGAUGGUGGAUUUCUGAACUGAGGGAAUUUGACCCAACCGUCUCAUCUUGCAUCACAAAAAUGCAUCAUUUUGAAAUACUUGCCCCUCCUCCUGUCAAUUCAAAAUGCUACAAAACAAGCUAAUAUUCAAAUUGUAUCAGCCAAAAUGGGUGCAUCCUAAUUCAGUGUUGCCAAACGAAAUAAUUUGACCCAAUAACUUCUUUUUGAUGCAAUUAGGUCAGAUUGCCUCUUCCAAUUCCAUCCACAAAACAACCUCAAUAUUUUUUUGUUUGAACCAUCUUGAGGUGAAAAACUGUAAAAGUAAAAUUACGAGUAUACAAGGGAUUAGCUUAGGGAGCUAGCUAGGUAGAACAGUUAAUCUUAAGAGGAAAAAAGGUGAUUAAGAUAUGCCAUGGGGCAAUGUGAUUAGUGGGCCAAUAAUCCUUUAAAAAUCUAGGAGCCUAUAGUACUUUGCUUCAGUUCUAAUCAAACCAAGGAAAGAGUAAGACAUGCACGAGAUGGGUAUUAAUCACAAUCACAAAAAGCCCUCAUAAUUGUGUCCCAAGAAACCUCUCUCUCUCCCACAUCACAAUACAAUAUAAUGUUAAAUUAUUAAUUCUAAUUAUUAUACUAUUUAUCACAAAAUAAUAUAUAUUAAUAUUAUGUAUGUAUCCAUCAUAUUGUGCCAAAAACCUGCCACGUGUCCGACGUAAGUCAUACAUAUGUUGAAUAUGGAUGACAUGAGAGUGUGAGUAGUGAGGUCGAUCUCAGCAGGUAGUUGACCUACUUAGUGCUUUGUACAACAAUUAACUAUUUUACUAGUCCCUAGGGGCUCAAGAAACAACAGAUGCAAAGAAGACCACGUGGAUGAAGUCUUUGCUUGAUUCAAGUUAUGUUUUCUUUUCCUACUAAAUGAGUAAUGGCUAUUACCCAAUGAUAUAGUGGCCGAGAAACAUGCUCUACUCAAUUGAUACUUAGAGGGGGUUUACGAGGUAAGGCCCAGAGGAAGGCAGGUGGGGGUAUAUACUAAUAUUGUCACCCUUAUAGAGAAAGAUGAUCUGCCUACUUCCCAUCGUGAAUGGAGGCUCUGCACCUAAGGAAGUCAGGUUACAGCUAUACUGAAACAUCUCUUAUCACUUUUAUCCUAUAAAGAGACUAUCCCAGGAACCUAAGGGGCGUAGCGAGCAAUCAAAAGCUAAUCUCAUACCUCAUGGUCUACUAAAAAGGGAAGAGUAGCUUGGUAUUGGUUCGAAUCCAAUUCAUGAGUGGUCGGCGUUAAACCAAGAUCGUCGUGAAGAACCGGAUAAAAAAUGUGAAUGUCAACAUGUUUCGUAGUUUUUUUUUUUGAACUUAGAUGAACUUCGACAUUUAACUAAUUAAUUAGAUUGACAGAGCUUUGCGGGGUUUGAGAAUAGACGAAUUUGAGACGCUUCAAGAUUCUAUUAUAGAUGUUGUAUCGCUUUUAUAUGUUAUUGUUAUGACUAGUGAUUACUAAUUCGUUGUGGGGUCUGUGUUAGAGAUAAUAAUCAGAAAUUAUUUUGAUUGAUGGAACAUGUUUUUUUACAUCUACAAAACAUUUACGAUUAAAGUUAAUUAGUAGUUUGCAUCGGAACUAAAAUGUUAGGCUAGCAAAAUUGGGAGAACAAAAUCGGUAGUUGUACCCUUCUCGGGCAUAAAAGCUAUUUUUUCUUGUAUAAAAUUAAAAAUUACGAUGUUGACUUGUCGAUUCUUAAAAGAUCAUUGGAUUGAGAAGAUUCAGAAUUAGGAUGGCCAAACUUCGUUCAUAACGAUGCUAGACAAAUUCAGAUGAAUAUCAUGUCGAUAGAGAUGUGCCAUACCAUCGCAAUCACGACUCUAACAAUGAUUGAAAUUAGGCCAAGAUAUAUAUAAAGAGAGAGCCAAUCUUAUAAUACUAUUAGAGAAAUUUGUGGAAUUGGUCAAUGGGUAAACAAGAUUGGAGCAUUGGAAGGUUGAACGCAAGGCACUAGGCCAUAAAACGCAGUAAUAAUCAAUCAAAUCCACAUCAGUAGUCCAAGGCUAUAUAUGGCUAGUAAAGCUAGUUUAAUUUGCUGCUGUUUCUCUUUCAAACCCUCACUGGGAUAGACUUUUUUACCUGAGAAAAUGUCCAGGACAACAAUAGAAAAGUCAUUGAUGUGUAUACAUCUUUGGAAUUAAAGAUCACUCGAGUUAAAGAAGAUGUAACUUGUGACGAUUAUCAAUAUUGGUAAUACGAGUUCGUCGUAUAUGUACUUGAAACUUGUCAACUAAUAGGCACAUGUGACUAUGUGAAUUUGUUUCUCAAUUAUUAUUAAUCGAUUGAUGGUUAGUUAUAAUUGUCGAAGAAAAGUCUUAGAGUUUGAUUUCACUUUCUGUUAGUAUAUAAUUGGCCAUCCAUCUCCGGCAGUGGAUGGUAGGGUUUAGUUUUGCCGGUUGGCGGAAUUUUCCAAAGUUUAUAAUCUCAUCACUUGUCUUCCUCUUUAAAGUUUAAAGUGCCCGCUAGUCGGACCAAAUCAAAAGAAUUAGUAAUAAAAUCACAACUUAAUGAUAACAACAACCAUUUUAUAUAGCGUUUUGAUGUUUUGUAGCGUUAUUAUGGUGCCGUUACUUAGAAUAGGAUUUUGUUUAAUAAAAUCCUCCAGAUUUUGUGUUAGUAUCGUUCGAAGGUAAUGGAAAGGACAAUCAAUAAAGAUAUUAUACACGAGUAGUGAAAUAGUCAAGUGUAUAUAGCUAGCUAUCAUGUAGGAGAGUUUUCUUAAGGUUAUUAUUUCUAAGAGGGAAAUUCAUCAGAGACGGCAAAUCUCGACCCCAAUGAAUAUAUACUUAGUAAAUCAUAAUAAUUCAGUCGAGUAAACAGUCUUGUCGCGGUGCCCACCAUAAAGAAUAACUCGACAACAACUAACUUAUGCAGUUCGGAUUAAUUUAUGAAUAUAAUUUUGUAAAAUAAUUCUUUUAUGAAUACUUGGUUCUCAUUAUAUAAGGUGUUUCAUUUCAUACGUGAACUAAAAAGAUGUGAAUCUCAUGUUAGUUUUGCUUUUUCUGUUUAGAUUUUUUUGUCUCUCCCAGUCCCACUUUCCCACUUUGUUUCCCUUUUCAUUUCUUAAUGUCUUAUCAGCUUAUUAUUAAGUUUUUCCCUUCUUUUCCACGUCAUAGCUCAGGUGGGAAUUAUGGAUAAACAUGAAAAAACUUUACACAUAAUUAACAUAAUUAGGAGGACCAUUCGUUGGCAAAUCAAUCCACUUCUAUUGUAAAAGAAGUAAUAUCUACAAUUUAGAGGUCGUUUGCUUUUGGUAUUUUGGUGUUGGAUUUUGGCCCAAAAUCCAACAUAUGUUGGACUUUAUAAUGAAUCCAUGUUUGUUAGCAUAUAAUGGAUUUUGUUUCAAUCUGUGGGGUCCACUAAUAUUGGAUUAUUUGGAGCUAAAAUCCGUGGGCCCCAUGGAUUAUAAAAUCUUACCUCUAUAGCUAGGAUUUUGGAAGAUAGAUAUAAUCCAUGAUGUUUAAUGACCGUGUUACCCCCACUCAUUUUGUGUAAUCCAAUUUUGCCCUCGGUUAUUAUUAUCUCUACUGAGGACUUUUGUCUACACUCUCAUCUCAUCAACUUUGUCUCUUCGUUGCCAAGGGAUUGCAACACAGCAAAAAGCUCCGGCAACCUUUUCCAUCUCUGCUUAUCGUCGUUUUGUCUUCCUUUUAUAUGAAGCUUCAACAAUUAAUUAUUUCAUGCUUACAUCCUCUUUUUUUAUAAUCCAAUCCAAACCCUUGAUUUUCCUUUCGACAUUAUUGGUUUGGGUUGAGAGUUUCAAUUUACUUUAAUGGCUUCUUGCGUGUAUACAAUAUGACCAAAUAGUAUGGAUGUUGCUGUCAUUUUUACAUAUGCUAAUUCUUCAUGUAUAUACAAAAACAUUCAAAAUACAAGUAAAGUAAAAAGUGGUUCAUUAAGGAUAAGAAAGUAAUUUCCCCCAUCAAGCCAUAAUUCCAACCUACUAAAAGCCAUUACCAAAUCCUACAAACAAACAUGGAAGUUUCAAAAUCCAACAUAAUCAAAAUCCAACAUAAUCUCUCAUAUUCAAAAUCCAAGGUUUUAUCAUAAUCCCUCAUUUUCUAAAAUCCUAGAAGCAAACGACCCCUUAUUAGAGUAACAAAAACACACACUCAGCAAUUAACCAUUCAUUUCUUCCCCUAGAUGAUUUGGAAAAUAUCACACGUUGUCGUACUUAAUUAUGAAUCGCGAUAUGUAUGAAUGCCGCGUUGUUCUCUUGAGUAUUGGCCAUCAAAUCUCGCGAACUACUUCCUAAUUGAUUCCUUGUGUGGGAAACCCUUGUUUAGCAAAUGUUACAAUGCAAAUUAUAUAAAAAAAACUAGCUAUAAAUAGUCAUAGACCAAUCUAUUCUGUUUCCAUUCACACUACUGCCUAUGUUUAGCCCUCUACAGUACACACAACUUUGUGGUGGUGGCCUGCAGCAGGCAGGGAAUUAUGUAGAUUGAAUGAAUCCAAAAUUUGCCAACGAUUCCAAAAUUGGAUUGUAUAAAAUCAACAAGAAAAUCAACUGUUUUUGUUGCUGCUGUUUCUCGAUCUUCCUUCAGAUAUAUAGUGGCCAAAAUUCGUUGUUACAGUUGAUUUGUGUAUAUGUGUGUGGCUGGUAUAUAAAUGCGUGGUCACUUUCACUGGAUAUUUCUUUGACUCGAAAAAGAUGAUGGAUCUCAGAUGAAAAUUCCAUUAUAGUGGCUAUAGUACAAGUUAUUGCGCCACAUAUGCAGAGAUAGAGGAUGUGAAUGUUUCCUUACUACUUUUUUUUAGGGUAAAUAAAAUUUUAUAUACAAACCUUUCAUUUUAAACAAUAUAAUAGUCAAACUUUUUCGAAAACAAUCUAAUAUCCAAAUAGUCAACUUUCCGUUCGUUUGACCGUUAGUUGACACUUCAAAAAAGUUCGAAGUACGACGCAUCAUCAAUAUCCAUCGAUAUCUUCUCUGAAAAACCACCAACAUAUCGUGGUUCCAAACCCGAGAAGUCCAUGACUCCACCAUGGUGGUAUAGAAUAUCUAAAUAUUCAGUCAUCUCCAAUGCCAAAACAAGAAAACAAAGUUGUAUUGUGAAAAUUUCCCCUAAAACAAAGCUUUUUUGAAGUGUCAACCAAUAGUCAAACGGACGGAAAGUUGACGAUUUGGAUGUUAGAUUGUUUUCGAAAAGGUUUGGCUAUUAUAUUGUUUAAAAUGAAAGGUUUGGAUAUUAAAUUGUAUUUACCCUACUUUUUAUUACUAAGUCUUUGAAUGUGAAAAAAUCUAUAAAAUAUUGAUUACAAAACUUAAAAUCCUAGAGAAUCUAUUAUCUUCCCCAUUUUAAUUACACAUUUUUUUAAGGUACGGACUAACCGGAGCAAAUACAACUAUUCGAGGCGGUGUCUUGCUCGCGAACCGGGUCGAGUGGGAUUGUCCUCAACCCAAGAUUAACAAGAAACUUGAAUCCUCAGUUUCCUCUCUAGUUACACUUGUUCCAUUUGCAAUUAUUUAUCAACAAGAACAAGCCGCGCGUUUGCCUGAAUACUAUUUCACAAUUUACAAUAUUGUUGAUUCUACCCAAUUACGGGUUUCACGAUUUUAACAUACAAUCUCAGAUUCACCGCUGAUUUUUCAAUUUUAGUCGCAUUGGUUGACGUUGUUGGCUUGUUGUCAUCAAAGAUUCAGAGACGUGGAUGUGCCAUGUUCAUUCAACCAAAUUUGUAUUAUGUUUUGUGGUCACUCAUUAACUUCUAAUUGAUAAUAUGAUGAACACGAGGUUAAAAUAGAAGGCGCGCAGCUCAAAACUUAGCGACAUCUAUUAUGCUACUAGUUGUCGUGUUGAAAUAACACCUGCUGCAAUGAAUACAACACGAAGAAAUAUUUUUAGAAUAGGAUGAUUGAUGAAAUCAUGAAUAUAUAUUUUUUUCCCCGGCUGGUGGGAUACCUUAAGAAUGACAUUCCUCAUAAUUUUUUUUAUGAGGAAUGCACUUUAUAAACUUUUCAGGAUAUG